AAUUUCGCUUGGAGGAAACUGAAGUCAAACUUUUAGGGCUUCAAACUCAACUAGAAAUCGUGGAAGGAAUGAAAUCUGGAGUUGAAGCCGAACUUGAAGCUACCAAUGCAAAGAAAGAUCUAGCAGAGUCACAACUUAAAGCCAUUGAAUUCGAGCUGCAAACAUUGCUUUCUAAAGUUGAUUCUCUUCAAGAGGAGCUUUGCAAGGAAAGUGCUUUGCACCAGGAAACUGCUGCAAAGUUGCAGAAACUAGAAAUCGAUAAUUCAAUGAUAAAAUCUGCAUCCCAGCUUCAGAAAGCAACUAUUGUCGAGGAAUUUAAGAUCAAUAAGGAUAAACAAAUGGCAAUAGCAGCUAGUCAAUUUGCAGAGUGCCAAAAGACGAUCGCUUCUAUUGGUUGGCAAUUGAAAUCCCUUGCUACCAUGGAUGAUUUCUUGAUUGACUCAGGUGAACCAUUGCUGAUACAAUGAUACAAUGACAUUCCCAAAAGAAGGUUUGGUUCAAACAUACUGACAACAGGGUCAGUCACCUUUAAAUUAACAAAUUCUUGGCUGAAGGGAAGCUGAACGUCGAAGAUUAAAAUGAUAUGUAUUAUGCAGCAGAAAUUCUGUAGAAUUCAAGAUGGAACAAUUGGAUAACAGAAAGUUGUAAAGCUGUGAAAAAGAAAAUCUUUGGUGCCAUUAGUUAAGUGCUUAGUCAUGAACUUAUCAGGUAGAUAAAUUCUUCUUUUUUUGUUAAUAGUCAUACCAUGUACUAUUGAGCGAUAAUAAGUGCUUAUAUAAACUAUAAGGUUCCAAAUUCACUGUAAUGGAAGUUCACCAGAAAAGCAGGUCUUCAUGUAUGUCAUUCAAUUCAAUUA